GACCUAGCUUUAAAAGCAUAUACCCGUCACACAACCCACGUUGUGAUGCCCUUACUAGGUUCCUUCCGCCACUCAUCUCGCGUUUUCCGCACGACAAUGCGUCCCCUCACACUCGAUGCCUUGAAUCCCCAGCUACAAGAGGUUCAAUAUGCGGUACGGGGGGAACUAGCAAUAAAGGCCGAACUCUACCGCGACCAGCUCAAGUCUGGCAGCCACGACCUUGGGUUCGACAAAGUUAUAUCCUCGAAUAUUGGCAACCCACAACAGAAGGGACUCGACCAACCACCCAUCACCUUCACGCGUCAGAUCGCCGCGUUGUCGGAAUGGCCGGAACUCGCGCAACUUGCUCCGGGUGUCUUUCCGUCUGACGUCGUUGCCCGUGCUAAAGAGCUUUAUCAUGAAAUCGGCUCAAUUGGGGCCUAUUCGCACAGUCAAGGCGUACCCUUCAUCCGCAAAAAUGUCGCAAAGUUCAUUUCAGACCGCGAUGGCUUUCCUUCCGAUCCUGAUGACAUAUUCUUAACUGCUGGUGCCUCUGCUGGCGUGUCUCUCCUCAUCAAUAUGCUCAUCACCGACCCGUCGGCUGGCAUUCUUAUUCCCAUUCCUCAAUACCCACUUUACACUGCCGCUCUCGCUCAACAUCAUGGUCGCGCAAUUCCAUACCUCCUUGACGAGUCAUCAGGCUGGUCUACAUCCGUAGCAUCCAUUGCGGAAGGACUUGCUAAAGCCCGUGCUGAGGGAACAUCCCCCAAAGCACUCGUUAUUAUCAACCCUGGAAAUCCCACUGGCGCCUUGCUCACGCGCGAUACGAUGGCCGAUCUAGUCAAGCUAUGCGAAGAGCACUCCCUCGUGCUUCUCGCAGACGAAGUCUACCAAAACAACCUUCAUCGUGCCGCCCAAUACCCUUUCACCAGUUUUAAGAAGGUUGUACGGGAGCUGCAAUCUCCCGUGCCGCUGGUUUCCUUCCACUCCAUCUCGAAAGGUGUUUCUGGAGAGUGUGGUCGUCGCGGAGGUUACUUCGAGCUGACGAAUGUGUCGGCUGAAGUCCGUGCUCUAGUCUACAAGCUCGUGUCAGUUGGUCUUUGUCCACCUCUCGCAGGCCAAAUUGGAGUUGAUAGCAUGGUCCGCCCACCGAAAGAGGGUGAGCCGAGCUAUGAUAUGUGGAAGAAGGAAACGGACACAAUCCAUGCUGCGCUCGCAUCACGAACUCGGUUAAUGGCGGAGCGUCUUAAUGCUCUUCCGGGUGUGUCCUGUGUUGAGAGUCCCGGGGCCCUCUAUUUGUUCCCCAAGAUUAACAUCCCAGAGAAAGCUGUGAAGGCUGCUCGGGACGCAGGCAAGGAACCAGACGCAUUCUAUGCACUUGCUUUAUUGGAUGCGACCGGUAUAUGUGUUGUACCAGGCAGCGGCUUUGGUCAAAAGGAGGGUGAAUGGCACUAUCGACUGACUUGUCUAUGUCCUGGAGUGGAAGAGUAUGUUGGGAAACUGGAGAAAUUCCAUGUUGACUUCACGGAAAAAUGGGGCUGA